AUGACCGAGACCGGUGUUGAAGCAGAGUUUGCUCUUGAGGAGCCCAGUCUGAGUUAUCACCGACUUGGAAAUGAUUUGCUGGGAAGCUGCGCUGAAAAUGAGAUCACUAUCGUUGCCGCUCAUUGGAAGUUCAUUGUCUUGGGACACAAGGAUGGAACUGUAAAUAUUUUUGAUCACCUCGGGAAUCUCGUUCAAAAUGGAUUUUACAAAAAGCAUUUUUGUCCAAUCAACCAAAUCAGUAUAUCAGACGAUGACAAUUUUGUUGCUACCUGUGCAGACGAUGGUUUUGUAUUCAUCUACAGCCUAUCGGAACCUGAACAUGGUGAAUUACUGAACCUCAAUCGCCCCAUUAAGGCGUUGGCCAUCUCUCCAAACUAUUCAAAAACAAGGAAGCUUAUUACUGGUGGAAAGUCGGUAAGAGUCGGAUUUGGUUUGAUUGAUUUGGUUUGGUCAGUAGCCGAUACACUGGACCCCUUAACUAAUAGCUCGAUUCCAGUACUCUUUAAUGAACUUUUAUCCAACAUUACGCAAUUUGAAGGGGAGCGUGAAUCUGAUAAUGAACCUUUUGACAGCUAA